GCGAACUCCCAAUACACAAAGCUCCUGCUUAAAUCCUCACAGACGCCCUACAUAAUCGAAAUGGCACCCGAGCAGAAGAAAAGAACAAGGCCCGUACCUAAUGCCAGCCAGCAAUCGAAGAAACGGCAAAAGAUUGAGCCUGUGAAACAACCAACAGAUGCUGUCGUUAAGCGUCCCGUGGUGCUGGAUGCACUGCCAUGGAACGAGGUGCAGAUGCCGGAUAUGUUUAACGACGCCGAGGGAUUCUUUGGUCUAGAAGAGAUCGAAGGAGUAGAAGUCGUUCGGGAGGGCAAUACCGUUAAAUUCGUACGUACUCAUAACAAUGGCAUGGAGUUUGGAGAUUAAUUCGAUAUAGGUUACUGCUAUGAAACCUACGUUUGACGAAGACGAAGAAUUCGAAGGAUUUGGAGAUGAAGAGCCAGAGAGAAGCGUGCCAAGUACAUCCGAUACUUCAGAAUCCACCCAGAAAGCUAAAGAGAAGCCCGAGAGGAUAGAGAAGAAGGAAAAGCAAAAGGACAGGAAAGAGAAAAUGGCCAAAAAGGACAAGGCCAAAAAGUUAGAGACGAAAGAAGACGACAAGUCAAAACUUAAGGAGCCCAGUACUAAUGUGUUCAAGCUUUUGGAGGAGGACGCAGAAGUGGAGGAGACUGACGUUUCGGCAUGGGCAGACUUGGAUCUUUCCCCCGACACACUCUCUGCUCUCUCGAAAAUGGGAUUCGCAAAACCGACCUUGAUUCAAGCUUCCGCCAUACCUGAAAUUUUAGCAGGCCACGAUGUCGUAGGAAAAGCAUCUACCGGGUCUGGGAAGACUCUUGCCUUUGGCAUACCCAUUCUGGAAAGCUGGCUGGAAAGAUAUGGAGAGUUGGAUGAAGCUGCCCUGAAAGAGUCAAGGCCCCCGACUGCACUGAUCCUUUCUCCUACCCGCGAAUUGGCACAUCAGUUGACGGAACACAUCACAGCCCUUUGCAAAGGUCUUAGGAAUGCUCCCUACGUGGCGGCGGUUACGGGAGGAUUGUCUGUCCAGAAGCAACAACGUCAGCUUGCGAAAGCUGAUGUAGUUAUUGGAACGCCUGGUCGACUGUGGGAAGUGAUGAGCACCAGUAUUGACUUAACAGCAGCUUUCAAGCAGAUCAAGUUCCUGGUAAUCGAUGAAGCGGACAGACUAUUGACUGAAGGCCACUUCAAGGAGGCAGAGGAGAUUAUCAAUUCACUUGAUAGACAGCAGGAUGCGGAGGAAGAUGAUGAAAGUGUUCCGGAGAGACAGACCCUAGUUUUCUCUGCAACAUUCCACAAAGGCUUACAGCAAAAGCUCGCCGGAAAGGGAAAGCAUGGACUCAUGGAUGACGGGGAGUCAAUGGAGUAUCUUCUUAAGAAGCUUAAUUUCCGAGAAGAUAAGCCGAAAUUCGUGGAUGUCAAUCCUGUUUCGCAGAUGGCCGAUAAGCUUAAAGAAGGAAUGGUGGAGUGUGCAGGCACUGAAAAGGAUCUGUACUUGUACUCGCUCCUUCUUUAUCAUCCAAACCAGCGGACACUCAUCUUUACAAAUUCCAUCCACUCAGUCCGUCGACUUACUCCCAUGCUGCAAAACCUCAACUUACACGCUCACGCCCUGCACUCUCAAAUGGCCCAAAAGGCACGAAUGCGCUCUAUUGAGCGUUUCUCCUCACCCAAAGCUACCAGCUCGAUUCUUGUCGCAACAGAUGUCGCAGCCCGUGGUCUUGAUAUCGGUGGAGUUCAGCUGGUCAUCCAUUACCACCUUCCCCGAGCAGCAGAUAUGUACGUGCAUCGUUCAGGCCGAACAGCUCGAGCCGAAGCCUCGGGAACCAGUAUCCUGAUGUGCGCCCCUGAAGAAGUGGUCGGAAUGCGCCGUCUCGUUGCAAAGGUACAUGCGCAGAACGCAGUUGCAGGGGGAGGAAACAAAUCAAAGUAUUACAUGCGAUCAUUAGACAUUGAUCGCAAGGUGGUAUCCCGUCUCAAGCCUAGAGUCACGCUCGCGAAGAAGCUCGCCGAUAGUGCUUUGGCUAAGGAGAAGAAGGGGCACGAUGAUGAAUGGGUGAGGACAGCGGCUGAGGAACUGGGAGUAGACUACGAUAGUGAGGAAUUUGAGGCUGCUGGCGGAAUGCGGAAGGGACGUGGAACUGGGAGGAAGUUAAAGGAGAAAGAAAUGAGAGCGCUUACGAAAGGAGAGUUGGGCGCUCUUCGUGGCGAGCUGAAGAGCUUGUUGGCACAGAGAGUCAACGUUGGUGUUAGCGAAAGAUAUUUGACAGCGGGAACUGUGGACGUUAAUGAGCUCCUCAAGGGAGCUCAAGGCAAUUUUCUUGGGCAGGUCGAUGGCAUAGGAAUGGAUGAUGUGUAGUCAUCUGUACUCAUGAACAUUAAGAGACUAUUCUCAACACCUGACGUGGAUAUACAAACGAUAAUUCUUUCAACCUCCAGAACACCAACAGUUGCCUUAUAAAUCACACAUACCUUGUGAAGUCGGCGCGUCACGAC